AUGGGUGAUUCGUCGACGUCAUAUGAAUCAUUACUCGAUUUAUGUGUAUCGUCAGCUAUGGGACCAGUUCGGAAUUUCAAUUGUGAACAGCUUAAUAUCUUACUCAGUGAUGAUUCGAAAAUCGAUUCUAUUAUUGAUAAUAUACCGCAUGUGCGAAAUCUGCCUACAGAACGUGAAAUGGGUCUUGUACAAAAUAAGUCACUCGCUGAAUGGAAUUUAACGCAAGAACCUCUCCUGGAGGAAUUGAAAAAAAAUUUGCUUGAAACAUAUGAAGAAGCUUUCUUCACAGUUUGCAUUGCAGAAUCAUUAACAGAAAAACGAUCGCUCAAUACGUCAAGCGCACUUUUGCAAACUGCGGUGCAAGCGGCUGAAGAUGAAAGUGAGGCGAUAGCUGAUCGCUUUUUGAACAAAGAAAUUGAAGUUGAACAGUUUCUAAAAGAAUUUUUGGAAAAAAAGACAUUGGCGCAUAUGAGAAAGGUGAAAUCGGAUAAGUUGUUGGCUACAUUGCGACAGCAAGACUAUCCAUCUUUACCCAAUCAGGCAACGCCAUAUCCUGUUCAUGAAAAUAAUUUUUAUCCUACUCCUCCAGCAACUCGGCAUUCAUUUUGGUUAAUAUAUGCUGUUUGCCGACGGCUGUGGUCUACCUGUAAAAUGGUAAUUCAAUUAAUGUUGGCUGGUUCUUCAUUGAAAAAUUCCGUACAGUGUAGAUGGUUCGCGAGUUUGCGGGAAAUGGCUCUUGCGAAAGGACCAAGACACAUUUAUGAACCGUUAUUUGAUGAAAAGAAGCGUUGUCCCGAUUAUGGUAUGGUCCAUAUCCGUCUUCAAGGAUAUGAUUAUGUUCCUUUAGAAAAAUACCAAUCGUAUGUGCAUAAAAUAGCAAAGCGCUUCGAAUUCAACGUUAAGGAAAGCUAUUCUGUUGCGGCAACUACUGAACGAGUUGUUACCUUUCGUCCUCAUACAACAAUAGUGGAAAGUGAAGUGGUGCUCAGUAUUUAUGAGCGUGUCUUGAACAUAAUAGAAGCGCCAUCCGUUUACCUACCAUUGUUUAUAUCAUUGAUUCGGGCUCACAUCCCGAUUGGGAUCAAAAUUACCGUAAAAAAAUAUGAAAAAGACGAUGAAAGGCGGAGGUAUAUACCAGAUGUAAUGUUAAAGGAGAAGCAAAACGAAUUGAAAGACUUGGAUAAUCCUGUUGUUCGUCGAAAUCUUGGCUGGGAGUGA